AUGCCAAAGGUGCUUGUCAUCGGGGCAACUGGCUAUCUCGGCCGGCAGAUUGCCCAUCAGCUUGUCCAGGUCGGUCACCAUACCGUCUACGGAAUGGCCCGCACUGCAGCCAAAGCAACGCAGCUCGCCAAACAAGAGAUCAUCCCCGUUCUCUGCUCGGACCCAGAGAACCAGCCAGAGCCCUAUCUGUCGAUCAUCCGCGCCAAGCAUAUCGAUGUGGUUCUGGAUGUCGCUGGUGCCGAUGGGGGCUCAUACAAAUUCCUCCGCGACGUGGCUGCUAUCGGGGACGAGCGGAUUGCGGCAGCUCAGAGCCGCGGGGUUCAGGGUUCCAAGCUCGGAUUUAUCUACUGCUCUGGAACUUGGGUGCAUGGUUCAUCUUCCGAGCCUGUCAAUGAUCUCGAUAUCGUGGGGGAGGGAGCAAAUACGCCUCCAGAAGAGCUGGUCGCCUGGCGAGUCGACAUGGAAACAGCGGUCCUCCAGGCCACUGGCUCUCUGGAUGUCAUGAUUCUGCGACCUGCACUACUCUAUGGACGAGAGGGCACCAUUUGGUCCGCAUAUAUUACGCCCCUAUUCGAGGCCGCGAACGAGGCAUUGCAGGCAGUCGAAAUCCCACUAGACGCUCACUCACGACCUGGCCUCAUUCACGUCGACGACACGGCAAGUGCCUUUGUCAAGGCCAUCGAGAAAGUGCAUCUGCUUCCGGGCACGGGGGUCUACCCAGUCUUCGAUCUGGUGACGAGCCAGGAGAGUAUGCGGGAUAUUUUUGAUGCACUAGCUACCACCUGGGGAUUCAAGGGCACGGUCGAGUUAAAGGGACAUGGCGGUGAUCUUUUUUCCAAAGCAAUGAGCACCAGCUUCCGAGGGUCCUCUGCGCGGGCAAAGCAUGUGUUAGACUGGCAGCCCACGCGACUGAACGGGUUCGUGCAAGACAUGGAUAUCUAUGCGGCUGCAUUUCAGGCGGAGCACCUUGAACGAUGA